AUAAAAACAGUCCACCACAAUUGCAGCUCCCAGUGAUUUUGAUCGGUGCAGCUGUAUUCCUCAUUAUUUCUGUGGUUAUCGCCGGGUUUAUCUACAGAGCAGCACUGCAGAGAAGACGCCCCAAACACACGGAGCCAGAGGACAUAGAGCCGUACAGCACCUUCAUGCGGAAGGAGAGCGGGCUUUAUUCAACUGCCAGGAUAAAUAUGAUUACUACCAAUAAUUCAGAUGUCCCUGCCACACAGCAAACACUUUCUGGAAGCGUGUGAAAAAGCUGUUGUCCACAAGAGGACACUGUUUUAAUAAUUCAGAUCCUGGAUAUAUACAGUCUUCGUAGCCAGGCAUGCUGUGCUUGUGUUGCUGUUCUCCCUCCUGCUCUUUUCUCUUCUCCCACUCUCUUCACUGCAGCUGAUCAGUACUUGCUGGUGCACCUGAGACUGGUGGCUGAUUGGAUCCCCUCACCCUCAGCUGGCCUAUCAGCAGGCAGGGUCAUGAAGGAAGCACCCAGGAAGCUUUCUGUCUCUCAGACUUGGAUCUGCUGCUGACACCAUAGCCUGCAUGAUCCUUUUGUUAGUGUCUGAUUCUAGAGAGUAUCUUUGUUUACUGUGGAUGUGUGUGUGUGGUGGGAGAUGGAGGCGUUAGGUAAGUUUGGGGUACCCUCUACAUUUCAUCAUGUAGUUAAAACCUGUUAGACACGCUAGGUUAGUGGAUUGUUGCCACCCCUGUGUUUUGCUUUGUUCCCAGUCUUAGUAGUGCAGAGAGUGAGGGUUUUUGUUUUGGUUUUGGUUUCUAAGGUUAGGCUUAGAGAGAGGCCUUGUUUUGUAUACUUAUUUCUUUUGUUUGGCACAAUCUCCCUUGCCUCCUUCUCCUCCUCCUCCUCCUCCUCACUUAAAGAACGUUUGUUGGCAAUAUACUGUGUUGAAAGGAAUAAACCUUUUUGUUAACUUCCACUCUGACUCUCUCUAUUGGUUGUUGUGUGUUACUGUCCCCUGGUCCCCUAGCCAGGGAUUCCCAAAGUGUGGUUCAGAAAGGAUAUAUUUAAAUGACCGUAUGAAAUUCUAUUGUGGCAAUUGUUGCAUUUUGGGAUGUUACUCCAUAGUUGUGAUGGAAAAUUCUGAGGCAAUGGAGACGGAACCCAGAGAGACACGGGAGAGCAGGAACUUGAUGGCAAAACACUGAUGGAUUUGUUCGGAGUAACCUGAAUAAAGUGACUCACUGCUGAUAACAUUCUAAGUUAUAGACAGGAAUUUCUAUAUAAGGGUGUGUUAUCAGGACUAUCGACCAUUGUAGAUGUGUGACGCAAAUGUUCAUCAGGAAAUCUAGUUAUUUGAUUAUUUACAAAUGUGACCCAUGAAGUGUUCUCAUACCAAACGGAUGAAUCACUUUAGGAUGGUUUUCAGUCUAAGCCUUCAGCAACUUUAGUGAUUUUUGGGGUGAACAAAACGUUCACAUGACGCACAGAUAACCUUAAAUAGUAGAAGUGUAACUCAUGACUGAAACAAGUGUCAGCACCUGCCAGGUAGCACAGGCUGAACUGAUACUUUACAUUUACACUUUACAUGUGGCUUUUAAAUUACAAGAAAGAUAUAAUAUAGUGUUUCUGUAAUACACCUUACUUGACAUUUAAACCUGGCACUGUCCCACGAAGAGUGUUAUCUUAAUAACUUAACAGGUUUUACAGCAUGGCUAAAUGUGAUAUUGAAAAUGAAUAACAUAGGGUUAGGCACUUCAACAGAAUUAGAGCUAGGUUCUUUCCAUGGUAAACAAUUAAGUUAAGAGGAAUUAGAUGGAGACUUCCCCUUCAAUGUGUAAACAAGUAAAAACUGAUAUCAGUGUUUGAUGCCAAAUAAACCACACAGUAUGCUGGGAAAUUGAGUGUACCAUAACGUCAAGGGUUUAGCCCCGCUGUAGUCCACUCCUGGACUUCUAAACGUGCGUACAUAAUACAACCAAAAGGAUUUGAAAGUUCACUCUCAGGGGAAAUACACUUACUGUAUAUCUAUGGGAACUUAUACUUCUGCUCUGGGAUUUUUAUGUGACAAAUAACUGCAGACAUACAGUAAGUAUAACAUUGACUGGAAUUCACAGCAUUUACAAUAAUAAUAAUAAUGUGAUUUUUAAGUCGGAUAUUAACUUUGAAAUUAGAAUGUAUUGAAAACAUGUUGCAAAGCAUCUUUUGAUCACCUGUAAAAGUGCUUUUUAAUCAAUGUAUUAUAAUUAAGUUAAUAUAUUAUCAAAUUAUGCUUAAAACACUAAAGCUAAUCAUAAUGCAGUGAGGUCAGUUUUUAAAUAAUACAUUUAUUUCUACAAAUCAGUGAUAAUUGAAAAUGUAAUUGUUUACAUCUGGUAUUUGGUGGAGCUGUCUUUAAUGUGCUUUUGUUUUUACUGUUGGGCAUCUUAUAAAAGUACUUCAUCAUCCAGUGGAUUUAGAUUUACAUGAUGUAUAAAUAAUAUACAUUUGUAAUGUAUGAGUUAAUGUACUUGUAAUGUUUUUUCCCUGAUGUGACUUGCUGGUGUCAUAACUCUGGACUUUUAGUUUCAUUUCUGCUAUAUAAAAACAGGCUCUGAAGGAAGGGUUGAAUUACUCUGUCCAGCAGCUCAGCAAGAUGCUUUUGAUUCUCAGCCUGACUGCUUUGCUGUUUACAGCCACCAUGUCACUGUUUAAUGGCUAUGAAAAUACGACAGUGGCCUAUGGACAGGAUGCAAAAUAUGGAUGUGCUGUAGCCAACCCCAAAGGUGUGCAGCAGGUGACAUGGCAACGACUUUUCCCAGACAAGUCCAGAGCGAAUUUAGCAACGUACAAUAAGCGGUUUGGGGAGCAGGUAAAUGAUCCCUACAGAGGGAAGUUGAUCUUCACAGAAGCGACGCUCAGCUCAUCAUCCAUCAUUCUGGCUAACGUCACCUGGGCGGAUGAAAGCUGUUAUAUCUGCUCCUUCAACGUGUUUCCUGAGGGGUCAACGACAAGGCAGAUGUGCCUGACGGUGCGAGGAAUAUCCAGUUUUAAAACAGAAGUGCAUGCUCCCAGCAGUGACCCUGAGGCAAAGAUGGAUGAGGAGGAGGUUGUGUUCAGCUGCUCUGCUACAGGAAAACCAGCACCAACCAUACAGUGGGAAAAUCUACCUGAAGACGUCCACACACACCGGCAGCCGACUACUACAGUAACAAAUGGAGACAACACGUUUACCAGCAGCAGCAACAUCACUCUGCAACUCCCUGCAGGGUGGAAAGGACAUGUUGACUGUCUGCUGAACAGCGGAACGAUGGGACAGAGGAGGGAGACGAUUCCUUUCUCUUUACCUGCCAAGAAGACGUUGGAAGAGGAUGGGAAAACGCGUACCACCUCUGGGAUUGCAUUUGUGAUCACUGCUGUACUUUCAGUCUCUUUAGUAAUCAUUGCUGUUGCUAUAAAGCUAACAAGGUCAAAAACAACAAAAGAAAGGAAAAAGAGGAGAAAUGAUGAAAUGCCUGUUCAAACCUUUAAUAGAGUUUAAUAUACAAGCUACAAACAAAGUUCCAUACAUAGUUUUUAAAAAUAUCCUUUGCAGAGCAUGUUCAGGAGUGGUCCAAUGUUUACAAAAAGAACUGUCUACUUUCGAGUGGAAUCCAUCACAUGUAGAAAGCGCUUGAUAUUAUUCAGGGUGAGAGUGACUGCGGCAGAGUGCAAUAUUUAAAGUUUUCUUUAACGUGAAGAUGUGAAAAUCUGUUUUGGGGCAAGGUGUGCUGUGUGGGGAAGAAAGUGAAAGAAGGUACAUAACUGGAAAAUAAAAACAUAUAUUGUUGAGCUCAUUUUGCAGCAAAUUUGAACUCUAUUAAAUGAUAAGGUUUAUAUAUUUAGCGACCAGGUGUUUGUUCUAGCCAACAAUAAGCAUAUAUACUGAUUUAUUAAGUCUAAAUGAUACGUUGAAUUUAAUGUAUGUCACUAUUUCUGCACUGUUCUUGGAGUUUUGCACUUUAAUUUUGAGUCCUAAUGUUAUUUAUUUGGCUAUAGACCGCUUUUAUCAUACAGUUUAAAGAGUAAGGCUUUGUAUUUGUUUAAGUACUCAUUGUGUGUAUUCAUAUGUGCUAAUAUUAAUGUCUCCCAGUGGAUUGUUAAACUCUUAUCUGCAAUACGUUCAAUGAGCUUCUGUUGAUAUGUUAUGAAUAAUUCAUUCUCCAACUCUUGUAAUAUAUUAUAAGAUGUUUGCAUAAUAAAACCAGAGGUGUAAAGUACA